AGCGCGAGUUUAGUAAUGAAAUGUCUUUUUCUAAUGCUUAAUAAGCAGUGCUUAUAGAGUUGUCAACACCUGAUUGAUUGUAACACAUUUUGUUUUCAUCGUUCUUUUGAUCCAACAUGACUCAAAUCGGUUCUUCUAAAAGUCCAUUGGAAUAUUUAACUGAUGUAGUCGAGUAUCGUUGUGAUCAUAAAAAACCAGACUAUGAAAAUGUCGAGCUGAUUCGUAAAAAUAUUUCAUUGGUGAAACAGCAAUUAAUCAAUUCAAAUUUAUCAGUAAUUGAACGUGAAAAGUUAAUUGUCAUCUUAUUGGGCCUGCUUUACCAUCCGUUUUUGAAACUUGAUUUGAGACCAAUUAAACAACAUGUAGAUCUAUCUGAUGAAGAAUCUAUACUUGAAGGUGAAGAUGAUGAUUUCGAAUCUAAUGUCAACCUACUGACUGUCCACUCUAUCAUCCAGAUGAUUGCUGGCUUGAACAAAAACUUAUAUACUCUGAUCGAUUCUAUCCCUUCAUUGAUGAAAACCCGAGAGAGGAUGUUUCUGGAGAUGGAUUUAUCUUACAAAACUAUGCUAUAUUCAAUUAGUGUCAUCUCAUAUGUUGGUUAUGGAUUGGAGAAAACGAUUCCUGAUAAUUGUCAUUUUUACCCGAACGUUUUUUCAGGUCAAUAUAUUCUUAUUCGUCAUCUUCCGAUCCUACAUCUUCUCUUGUCCCGGAAAGAUGAUUAUGCAAAUGAAAAAGGACUUGUUUUGAGCAGUAAAUUAUUCAAGAGGAUAAAUCCUGGGUCAUUGGAUGUGGCUGUUCUUGACUUACUCGGUGCAUCACCAAUUGAUAGUGCAUUGAUGAAAAUAAUGAAAUACAGCUGUGAUCGAAAUGCAAGGUCAAAUGCAUUUGAAGCAUUCAAAUUAUUGAUUAACUGUUUCAAAUUACCUGCCCGGUGUCAAUUUCUACUUAAGAUUCUUGCCAAUCCUGCUCAAGAACAAGGAGCUCAAAGAUUGGUUUUGACAAUUUAUAAAGAUCUUUUUGUUUACGAAAAAGAUUGGAAACCAUUAAUUGGCAACACUAUGCUUCAAAUCAUUCGUAAAUCCUUUGAAUUAAGCUUACCAAAUGGUGUAAACACUGAUCUGGCAGAGAAUUAUGAUUCAAUAUGCACUAUUCUUAAUUUUAUAAGAUAUCUUUUAUUGAGAGAUAAAUAUGAUCGCAACGAGACCAAGAUAUGGAACAUAAUUGAUUCACUGAGAAAAGACAGCAUUGAUUUAAUUUGGCAAGCAGUACAAAUCUCAAGAGACAUUUAUAAGGCAAGGUUACAUGAGCUGGAGCAACCAGAGUCCCGAAGUAAAGAGGAUCGAAACUGUAAUGAUGUUUUCAAAGUUGAAAUUUUUAAUGAUGAUGAAACGGAGGUAACUCCACAGCUUACAGAAGAACAGGAAAAAGAAUCUCUGACGUGUGGACUGAUCAAUUUUGAAUUGCUUGAAAGUCUUAUCCGACGAAUUGAUGAUAUUAUUGCUGAAGCAAGGUAGAGUUGUCAAAUCACUUCAAUGUAAGUUAACUUUGGAUCGGAUCCUUUUGUGGCAGAUUUUCAAUUAAUGUCGGAGAUUUCCCCUUCUUCACAUAGUACUGUUCAAAUCUCAUACCAAAAAUUUUUAUCAACUCCGGGAUUAUUUCGAUGAAUUUAAACUGGCACUUAAAUUUUGCAUACACCGAUGAGGUGUAAAAGAUUCAUCCUUAUCGAAUGGAGCAUUUUGUUAAAGAGAUCUAAAAAAUGUUUAGCUAUUUUCUUAUGUUUAUAAAAAAAUGUUAAUAAAAAGUUGUAUCCUCUGUUUCCACAAA